UAGACAUGGAGAAAAAAUAUACCAAGAGAUUAAUAAAGUUAAAAUACGUUUUCGAUAAUUUUAUUAUCUUGUACAUAUUUAUUGCAUAUUUCUCAAAAUACUAUAAUAAUCCUCGCCUUAAAAUAAUUGAUCGUUUUCAGAUGGAAUUAUAUGUAGACAAUUUGAUAGGGUCAGACGGCUUUGGAAAUAAAGAACGAUGGAAUUUUAAAAGGACCGCUUCGAAAUUCAAGGAAAGUAAAAAGUUCAACAAUACAAAGAAACAAACUUGAUCGCCUACCUUUGUACAUUUGAAAGUAAAAGUAAUUUUGCGAGAAGUGCAUAAACCCAGCAAAAUGUUCGUUGCUCUGAGAUAACAUGCUGUUUGUUGAGGGUAGAAGGACUUUAUAAUGAAAAAUGUCUUCAUUAAGCGAAAGGAAGAUAAAAGACGUGCGCGAUAUUUGGAACUGCAACAGAGAGUCGGACAAUAAGGAGAACCCGAAAGUUCCUAUCGAUAACAAUGUGGACAACAAGGCGAAGCACAAGUAUAAAACCCUGGAGAGACACCUCAGCAUGAAGAAAACGAUAAGGAGGAAAAUGAUGAGAGAUCUACGCGAAAUUGGCGAUGCCACGUCGGUCGAAAAUUCCCAAAACGAGACUGCUAGUGCCGGAUUUUUAGAACAAAUUAAGAACGAUCAACCACCUCCUGCCAAUAUUGACAAACCCAGUUUGUGGAAAAGAUUGACCAAAGGUUGGGGACAUUAGAUAACGUAGGUACAAUAACCCUUUAGUGUUUCUUUUAAUUUUUACAUUAGUUAUGAGUGAUAAAUGAUUUUGCCAAAAGAGGCACUAAUGCGGAAUUUUUUAGUGAUAUUGUUAGCUUUGGCCUUAGCUUUAAGAUUAUGCUGUUCCUAAAAUUUUUAAUAUAAUUUUUAUGUUUACACGUCGAGUUGUUUUCACAGUAAAAUGUUUUAAAUGACUUCGUUAGCUGCCUACUUCAAGUGUUUCAAAAAGUUUGAAGUUAAUUUACAAUAUUUUGAGAUACUUAUUAGAUAUCAAAUAUAGUAAUCAAUAUGUGGUAUUUUAUUAUACUUCUAGGCUAUUUUUAAACAACUUCUGUACUUAUUAUUUAAAGUACUUUAAUUUGAUUUUUAUUGUUAACUUGAAAAAUUUAAAAUGUUUUGUUGUGAUGAUUCGAAAGACUUAAGGGAUGUUAUGCAGGUACUUUUAUUAUCUCUGUAAUAGAUAUUUGCCUAUGAAGAUAUGUGGUGAUGUGGAAGACUAGGGUAUACGAGGCAACAAAUAAAAUAUGUUAUUUCUUUAAAUAUUUAUUUAUAAUAAAAAUGUUACCAGGUCCCUUUAUACGCUGUAUAUAAAAAUAUCUAUGAUUGUUAUAACUUGAAUUGUGUAAAUUUAACAAAAGAAAUAUACAUUUUUUGCUAGAGUAGUUCUAAUAUUGUUUUGCUUUAAUUAAUAAAUAAAU